GGAAAAAUAUUAAAUUAUUUUUCCACGAAUAUUUUUUAUUCAAACGAAAAUUGGAGUGACAGUGAAUGUUUUGAAUUGAAACAUAAUUCUAAAGUGUGUAUAUCAAUAAGUUACUGUUAUUGAUAUAAACCGUGCCGAGUGACAAAUUACAACGAAAAUUUUAUCUUUCAAGUGGUUCAUUAAAAUUAAAGAAAGAGCCAUGAUUCGACAUUCGAGCUUUAGGCUCGAAUUGGGAGCACUUCUGAUAAUUCUUUUCACAAUAACAGCGAAUGCAGCUCCUACGGUGAAUCACGAUACACAGAUCAGCACGUUAGAAGAUUCUGAUGGCUGUUACUACAAUUAUAACCAUUAUAGCGAAGGCGAUAGAAUAAUGACAAACGAACCAUGUCUCAACUGUACUUGCCAUAAUCAAAUGCUCAUGUGUUAUCUCAGGGUAUGUCCGUUCACGAAACCUAUUGGACAGGAUUGCGUCGUUGAGAAACGUGAAGAUCAGUGUUGUCCUAUUAUUACAUGUCCUGAAGUUCCUGUUGAAUUGGAAGCUCAUCAUGGCGCUGGAUCAACAGAAUUGGGACAUCCCGAUAACUUUGGAUGUACAAUCGAUAAUAAGUUCUACUCCGAAGGUUCUCAAGUACCCUCUAGCCCACACAAGCCUUGCGAAUUGUGUUAUUGCAUACGGAAUAUGACAACUUGUGUCAUGCAAGAAUGUACAUUACACGUGGAAGGAUGCCAACCUGUUUAUCAUCGAGGUGUAUGUUGUCCCGUGCGAUAUGAAUGCGAUCACGACAGUGAUGGUCCCCUUGAAAUUGAAGACCAAACAACGACAACUGUUCGACCUACCCCUGGAUUUAUGCUGACAACAACUCCAGCUCCAAGUUCGGAUUGUGUGCAUAACGGAAAUGUCAUUGCUGAUGGCGGUUUAGUUGAUACUGGCAAACCAUGCGAUCAUUGUUAUUGUAUGAAGGGCGAUAUUGUAUGCGUUGUUAUGGAAUGUCUUGAACCAUCAACCAUGGAAGGCAAGAAUUGCACUGCUGUACCUCCGAAGGCUGAUGAAUGCUGUCCAACAGACUAUAUUUGCGAUGGAGAUGUUGUCAAGGCAGAAUCUUUCGCGCCAUCAACUCAAGGACCAACAACAAUGGCAGCUGAAAAGGAAGAAGAAGAUGAACAAGUUUCGAUGACUGAUAAACCAACUUUGGAUACAAAGAAUCGCUUCGAUGACGAAUCAGCAACUAAAGAACCUGAAAUGGCAACAACAAUGUCAUCUAUGGAUAAGGAAGAAGAGAAAUCAACUGAAAAGGUUGAAUCUGAAGAUAAAACAAGCAAACCUGAAACAACAGAAAAAUCAGAAAUGGAUGAAAGUGAAAAGGCAACUACGAUGUCUUCAAUUGACAGAACUGACAAACCUGAAGAUGAAAUUGUGCAGCAAAUGACUUUGAGUCCUGUUGAUCAAAUGAAACCUGAGGAAGAAGCUAAAACUGAUGCUCCUUCCAAAGAAGAAGAAGAAAAGGUUGAAAGUACAGAAGCUCCAAAGAAAGACGAUUCAGAAGAAAAGGUUGAAAGUACAGAAGCUCCAAAGAAAGAUGAUUCAGAAGAAAAAGUUGAAAGCACAGAAGCUCCAAAGAAAGACGAAGAAUCUACCGAAACUUCAAAGAAAGACGAAGAAGCAGAAAAAACAACUGAUGCUCCAAAAUCUGAUGAAGAUGUUUCCAUGGCUGCUACAACUCUUGCUUCAGUUGAAGACGCUGAGAAAUCAACAGAAGCUGCUAAGGAAACUUCAACAGAUGCUCCUUCAAAGACAGCUGAUGAAGAAGUUGCUUCUACUGAUGCACCAAAGAAAGACACAACUGAUGAAGAAGUAGCUUCAACUGAUGCACCAAAGAAAGAUUCUGCUGAAGAAGAUAUGCAAAAGACAACUAUUGCUCCUGAAGAUCGUCUUUCGACAUUCAUUCCUGAUUUGAUGGAAAAAUCAACGAGCAAACCAUCGGAAGAUGAAGCUAUGGAAAUGAACACUGUUUUGCCCGAUGUUCCAUCAACAGAAGAAGCCAAGACAGACAAAUCUGUUCCUGAAAUGACAACAAUGAAAUCUGCUGAAGAGCCAAUGAAAGAAAUGGAAGAAGAGAUGAUGAAAACAACUACAGCACCAAUGGAUGAACAAGAAGAAGAAAUGAAAGCAACAACCAUCAAACCAAGAUUCGACGAAGAAGAAAAGGAUCAAGAUGAAGAGAAAUUAGAAAUGGCAACAACCAUGAUGCCUGAGAAGGAAGAAGAACAAGUUACUCUUGCUGAAGAUUUAAGCAAACCAGCAGAAAAGGCAACAACAAUGAAACCUUCUGAAGAUGAGCAAAAGGAACAAAUGACAACUGUUAAACCAGCUGCUGAAGAAGAAAUGAAGACUGAUGCUCCAAUGGAUACUCCAACAACUGUUAAAGAUGCUCAUGAUGAUGACUCUGCAAACGAAAUUCCUGAAUCCAUGGAUGAAAUGAAAGAAAAGGUUACAACUGUUAAACCUGCUGGCGAAGAAGAAACUCAAACAAUGAUCUCAGAAGAAGAUGACGAGCUUCAGAAACAUAUUGAUGAGGAAGAUGACAUGAAAGUUACAACUACAUCUCCAAUGUCACAAGAAACCGAGAAACCCGCUGACUUUGAUCGUGUCAAUCUUGGCGAAGGACAUCCUUCAACUGUUCGUCCCGAAGAUAAAAUCACGACAUUCAUUCCUGAUCUUGAGACAAAGACAACUGCUAAACCUGAUUCAGGUCGCGAUGAUCUCGAACUUCCUCCUGCAGAAAUUGUCACUGAACUUCCUGAAAUGCCCGCCAUGACAACAAUGAAGAUGCCUGAAGAUGAAAUCAUUGAAGCAGCUAAACCAGUUGAAUCUGAUUCUCAUAUGAUGGUUGAUGAGCCAAGCAGUACAGAUAAACCCAAAGAAGAUGAAGCCAUGGAAAUGAAUACAGUUAUUCCUGAAGGAGAAGAUAAGGAUGCUGAACAACAAACAGUUAAAUUAGACGAAGCUUCGAUCAUGACAACAUUGUCGCCAAUGGGAGAUAAGAAAGAAGAUACGUUGUUGGAUAGCAUCGAUAAAAUUUUGGAAACCUUCCCAAUGGCAACCGAUAAGUAUCCUGAUAUGGGAUUGCCCCAAGCUAUUCCCGGCGAAGGUGAUUGCUUAUUUGAUGGUCAACAUUAUCGUCACAACACAACAAUUCCAUCAACAGAAAGAUGCCUUGUCUGCUUGUGCUUGAACAGUGCUGUGAGAUGCAAUCAAACUUGCGAAGAUAUUCCUGAAACGACUGAUAAGAGUGAAGAAGCAAUUGUUGAAUCUUCUGAAGUUCCAGCAACUGUUGUUGAAAUGAAAGAACCACAAUCUGAAGAAGAAGUUACAGCAAUUGUUAAGGAAAUGAUUCCAACAACUCUCAGUCCUCUUGAACAAGAUGCUCAAACAACGCUUGCAAGUGAAAAGGAAGAAGAUGAACAAGUAACAUCUGAUCUUGGAUUGAAAUCUGAAGAUAAACCAGAAGAAGAAAAGACUACUGACAAACCAUCUGAAGAAGAAGAAGAAGUUGCCAAACCAACAGAUCUUCCAAAAUCUGACGACGAAUCAUCCACAGAUGCUCCCAAAUCUUCAGAAGAAGACAAGAAGGAAGAUGAAGUCAAGAUGACAGAAACUCCGUUGGAUGCGACAACACUUUCUGCUGAAAAGGAAUCUUCAACUGAUCGUUCAGAAAGUGACGAAGAGAAAGUUGAAAUGGCGACAGACAAACCUUCAGUUGAUGACAAGAAAGAAUCCGAUGAGGAAGUUUCAACUGAUGCUCCUUCAACUGACAAGCCUGAGAUCAAAGAACCUGAAACAACAGAACAAGCUGAAUCUGAGAAACCAAAAGAAGAUGACGAAAAGGUCUCAUCAACUGAUGCUCCUUCAACUGACAAACCAGAAAUCAAAGAACCUGAAAGUACGGAAGCUUCAAUGGUUGAAAAAGAAAAACCAGAAGAAGAAAAAGUCUCAACAGAUGCUCCAGUUACCGACGAAAAAUCAACUGACAAACCUGAAAUUGUUACUGUUGUUCCUUCCGCUGAUGAAGUUGAAAAAGCAACAACUGUAAAAUCUGAAGAUGAACUUCCAAAGAAGGAUGACGAUGAGAAAUCUACAACUGUUCGCGAAGAAGAACAUGAAAAAUCAACUGUUACUCCUGUGAUGAUUUCCGAAAAGGUUGGAGAAGAACAAAAGACUGAAUCUCCAAUGGAAGCUACAACGUUACGCGCUGAAGAUCAAACAAUGAAGAUGCCAUCAGAAGAAUCUCAAACAAUGGUUCCUCCAUCAGUUGAAAGUCAAGAAAAGGCAACUGACAGUCCCGCAGUUGAAAAGACAACUCUUGCUCCUUCUUCUGAAGAAGAAAAAGAAAAGGAAGAAGAAAAGAUGACAACUGUUCGCCCAUCAGAAGAUGAAACCAAAGAAGAUGAAGAAGUUUCAGCUACAUCUGCACCGAAGAAAGAAGAAGAAGAAAAGGUAACUGAACAUCCAGUUGAAGUAUUACCUACUGAGAAGGAAACUGUAGAAAUGACCGAAAAACCAUCAGAAGAAUCAGCAACAAUGAAACCCGAAAAAGACGAAGAGAAAUCGGAAGAUGUUGAGAAAAUGACAACUGAACAACCUAAAUUGGAGCAAACAACACUCAUGGCAGAAAAGGAAGAAAAACCAGAAGACGAACAAGAUAAACAAACCACAGUUCGCCCAAUUGUUGAUCUUGAUGAGAGAUUAGAUACAGCAACUGACAAACCAGAACAAGAAGAAAAGAUGACAACUCUCAAAUCCGAAUCUGCUGAAGAUGAAAAGAUGGCAACAACUCUUGCGCCAUCUGCUGAAGAUUCAUCCGAAAAGGUCGAAAUGAAACCUGAAGAUUUGCCAAAACAAGACGAUGAAAAGGCAACAACUGUUCUUCCUGAAUCCGAAAAGGAAUCUACUGAUGCUCCAAUGAAACCUUCAGAAGAUGCUGAAAAAGCAACAACUGCAGCUCCAUCUGAUGAACUUUCGACAGAAAAGACUGAAAUGAAACCUGAAGGCACUGAAGCUCCUAAAGCUGAAGAAGAAGGAACAACUCUCAAACCUUCGGAUGAAGAUGAGAAAUUGGCUAAACCAACUGAUGCUCCAUCUGCUGAUGUCACAACUGUUAAACAACAAGAUGAAUCUGCUGAAGAUGUUGCUGCUGUUUUACCAACAACAAUGAAAUCUAUCGAAGCUGAAAAGGAAGAAGAUGAAUCAAAGGCAACAACUCUUGCAUCUGAAACAUCUGGCGAAGUUGAUGCGACAACAGUUCGUUCAGAAAUGCCCGCAACUACUGAUUCAAGCAGCGAAGAAGAAGAUGAAGAAACUAAAGUUACAUUGACUCCUGUGAAGGGACAAAAGAAACCUGUGACAGAAAUGAUUGACGGAACAAUGGUUGAAAUUGUCACGCCAUCUACUGAAAUUAAGACUGAAGCUCCUGUUGAAAUUGUGACGCCAAUGAGUGUCGGACAUGAAGAUGUUGCUACAACUCAAUCGCCUGUUUCUGAAGAAGCUAAGACUACAAUGUCUCCUGCUUCUGAAGAUGAAGAUGUCAAGAAGGAUUCUGAAGCUGCUGAAAAAGCAACUACCAUGAAACCUGAAGAAGAAGUUGAAAAAGCAACAACCAUGAAAUCAGAAGAAGAGAAAUCUGAAUCGACAACAUUGCGCGCUGAAUUACCCGAAGAAGAAGUUCAAAUGGAGAAAGAAACUGUCAAACCCGAAGAUCAAGUUAAGCAUGAAGAAGCUACUACAGUUGCAUCUGAACUUCCCGCCAAAUCUGAUGAUGAGAAAGAACAAGAAAAAGCAACAACUGUUCUUCCUGUUGAUCGUAUCGAUCUUGAUCACAAAGACGAAGAAAAGGUAGUAACUGUCACGCCAUCAAAGGAAGUCGUAACUGAUGCUCCAACAAAGGCUCCUGAAUCAACUGAUGCUCCAAAAUCCGAGUCUGAAGAAGAAGCUGUUGCGAUGACAAUGAAACCCGCAUCUGAAGAAGAAGAAGAAAAAGAAAAGGAAGAAACCAUGACUGAACAACCAAAAUUACCUGGAACUAUCGACAUGAAGACUGAAAUGCCUGUCGAACAAAUUACCGAACGUUUGCCUGAAGAAUUGACAACUAUUUUAGCGCAAAGCGGACUUGAUUUGACAACUAUGCGUAUUGAACAUGAUCAACCAACAACGAUGAAAUCUGCCGAAGAAAUGGUUACUGAUGCACCAAAACGCGAUUCAGAUGAAGAUAAGUCUGCUGAAGCAACAACUUUAGCUUCCGAUGAGAAACAAGAACAAGAAAGUACGACAUUCGCUGCUAAACCUGCUGAAGAAGAUGUUGAAAAGAUGACUACUGUUGCUCCUCAAGUGCAAUCUAUGGACGAAAAACCUUUGGAAGUUUCAACAUCCAAAUCAGAAGAUGCUGAAAAAGCAACAACUUUUGCUCCUGAACAAGCUACAACCGUCAAAUCCGCCGACGAAGAACAAACUGAAGCUCCAAUCCACGAAAUUGUUCCCGUUGAUAAAACAACCGUCGCUCCAAUUGAUCUCGACUCGAAAUUCGGCGAAGACGAAGAUCGUUCGGAAGAAGAGAAACCAACAGCAACUACAACCGCGCCCGCAAGUCACGAAGAAGAAGAUGAUGUUCAACGUCCCGUUGAGCAUUAUCCCGAAGAACAUACGCAAAAGACUCCGCAAUCGACAUAUGGACCUCCCGUUUCAGCUCCCGGAUCAUUCGAUCACACAGGAAUGGGAAUGCCUUCAGGAUAUCCAGCGCCUGGCGAUGAUUACGAUUAUGAACCUGAAGAUCCCGAAAGUCCUGCCGUAUUUGGACCCGGAACUUGCAGAUAUGGCGGAAAAUUGUACGUGUCAGCUCAACAAAUCCCACGUGAUGAUCCUUGCGAUUUCUGCUUCUGCUUCCGAAGCGACAUUAUUUGCUUGCAACAAUCGUGCCCGCCGCCAAUUAAUGGAUGUCACGAAGAGACUAUCGAUGGAUUCUGUUGUCCAAGAUACGAAUGUCCCGUGUCAAUGGCAACAGUUGUCAAUAUCACGACGAGCACAACCACAACUACGACAACGCUACCUCCUCACUUUAACAGACACGCGUACAAGGGAGCUACACGCGCUGGCUGCUUCAUCGAUGGCAGAACUUACCAAGUUGGAGAAGUUAUCGAAAGAAAUACCGGGCCAUGCAUGCAAUGCAAAUGCGGAGCUGAUGCACAAAUGGAAUGCCUUCCAUUGAACUGCAGUCCCGAGCCAAUGUUGCGACAGAUGAUGGAACAGCAUUUAAUGUCGAGCCGAAGAAGAAGGUGAAGUCGUUAAAUUAG